AUGGUCGCCAUCGCCACCGUCCGCGCUGCCAACGCCGCCAAGGCCGCAGCCGCAUCCGCCGAGCCCAGCGGCCGGCCCUACGUCGCCGUCUUCGCGGGCGGCACCUCCGGCAUAGGCGAGCGCGCCGUCCGCGCCCUGGCCUCUAACCACGGGCCCUCCGCCGGGCCCUCCCGCCGGCCUCUGCGCGCCUACAUCAUCGGCCGCAAGCAGGCCGUCGCCGACGCCCUCAUGGCCGAGUGCGCCGCGGCCUGCGGCCCCGGAGGAGAGUUCGUGUUCAUCAAGACGGAGGACCUCGCCAUGCUGCGGGACGUCGACGCCGCGUGCGCCGAGAUCGCGCGCCUGGAGGAGGCCGCAUCGGCUAGAGAAGGGCACGAGGCCAAGAUCGACCUGCUGGUCGCCACGCAGGGCGUGUUGUACUUUGGCGGGCGGAUGGACACAUCCGAGGGCCUAGACCGGCACUUCUCCCUCAUGUACUACUCCCGCCUGCGCCUCGUCACCAAUCUCCUCCCGCUCCUCACCUCCCUCCCCUCCGGCAGCCCCUCCUCAACCCCGGGCCACGUCGUCUCCGUCUUCAACCCCAACCUCGAGGGCAAGCUCGCGGCCUCGGACCUGUCCCUGCGCGGGGCCGAGAACUUCGGCUUCGUCGCCCUGAGCUCGCACAUCGCCCUCUUCACGACCUUCGCCUUCGAGGCCCUCGCCGCGCGCCACCCGGGCCGCCUCGCCCUGAGCCACUACUACCCGGGCUUCGUCAUGACCGACAUCGCCUCCAAGAGCCCCAUCCCGCGCUGGGCGAGCCUGGCGUGGAAGCUGUGCACCCCGGUCGUGAAGCUGUUCGCCGUCGGCGACGACGACUGCGGGCAGUACGUCGACUUCCUCGCGUCGGGCCGGUACGCCGCCGCGCGCGGGGGCGAUCAGGUCGAGGCCGCCGCCGCCGCCGACUCCUUGGAGGUCGCGGUCGGCGCGGACGGCGGGGUCGGCAGCGGCGCGUACAGGGUGCAUUGGAACGGAGACAUCAUCCAGCCCAAGAAGCAGACGGACGCGUACCGGAGGGACGGCAUGGUGGAGAAGGUGUGGGAGCACACCCUGGCGGCGUUUGCGGCCGUCGACGCGGGCAAGGCCUUUGAUGGAUGA